AUGCUCGCGCAGACAGCGCUCGCAGGUGCCACCUCAUUCAGACCUCUUCGUUUCUCGGACGACGGCACAUUUCAGAUUUCAAUCUUUAAGGAUCUACACUUUGGAAAGAGUAAGGAUUUAGUGUCAUAUAACAACGACCGCAACUCCAUCACCGUGCUUAAUACAAUCCUCAACGCUGAAUCGCCGGACCUCGUCGUGCUGAACGGCGAUCUAAUCACCGGCGAGAAUGGCUUCCUGGAGAAUGCAACCGUCUACAUUGACCAAAUCAUCGGACCUCUCGUUGACCGCGGCCUAACUUGGGCUUCGAUGUAUGGGAACCACGACCACCAGUAUAAUCUCUCCGCUGAAGCUCUCCUGGAGAGGGAGCAGAGCUACGCCAAUGCCCGGACUCAGCGCAUGGUCUCUGGUCAUGAUGCCGGGGUGUCAAAUUACUACUUGCCGGUGUACGGAUCAGACGGUAGCAGUGAUCCAAAGUUGCUCCUGUGGUUCUUCGAUAGUCGCGGGGGUAACUACUUCCGGGAACUUGACAAGUCUGGAAACAUAGUCCCCCAGCCGAACUGGUACAACAAGACGAUCCCGUUGCUUGCAUUUGUGCAUAUCCCUACUAAUGCUUCGCUCGCGGCACAAACUGUCGUUGGAAUUGAUGCAAAUUCUAAACCUGGAAUCAACAAUAACGUCCCCCUUGCGCAGCAAGGUCAGGGAUGGUGUGAGGAUGGGACGAACAGCAACGACUGCGCGUAUGGUGGACAAGACAUCCCUUUUAUUAAGGCGCUUGUUAAAACACCCGGUGUCCUUGGCGUGUUCUCAGGCCACGACCAUGGCAAUACCUGGUGCUAUAAGUGGGACUCUGAGUUACAGCUCCCUGGGGUAGGGGGUGGAAACGGACUGAAUCUCUGCUUCGGCCAGCAUUCGGGGUACGGAGGGUAUGGUAGCUGGAUCAGGGGAUCGAGGCAGCUGCUAUUGUCUGAGGAGGCCCUGGGUCGUGGAGAGCUGGAUACCUGGAUUCGUCUUGAGUCGGGGGACGUUGUUGGAUCGGUCUCGUUGAAUGGCACCUAUGGGGAGGACUUGUAUCCCGCCACCCCGAACGAUAUGACGCACUCGUGA